AUGAAGCCCCCUCGUGCACUCGCUACGGCGCUGCAAGUCUUGUCUUUUGCCAGUCUGUCUCAGUCUCUCUUGACUGCAGACGAAGAUUUCCCUCCAUUACUCGAUGCCACCCUCACUGACCUGCGCCUGGGGUUGGACAACAACCUCUUCACCAGUGUCGAUUUGGUAAAUGCCUAUAUUGACAGGAUCUCUGAGGUCAAUCAUGUCCUGCGAGCUGUCACUGAGAUCAAUCCUGACGCGCUCUCAAUAGCUUCAGAGCGUGAUGCAGAGAGGAGAGUAGGGAUAGAUCCCGCUAAGCAGCCUCUCCAUGGCAUACCCAUCCUCCUCAAGAACAACAUUGCCACAGACGAUGAAAUGAACAACACCGCUGGCUCAUAUGCGCUGCUAGGGGCCAAAGUCCCGCAUGACAGCACUAUUGCUUCCAAGCUGCGCAAAGCCGGAGCCAUCAUCCUCGGAAAAGCCAACCUGUCGCAAUGGGCCGCUUCUCGAGAGGCGGUCACGCACGAAGGUUGGUCGGCACACGGUGGCCAGGCAGUUGGUGCGUACUUUCCGAAGCAAAACCCUAGAGGUUCAUCAUCGGGGAGUGGAAUAUCUACCUCCCUCGGUCUUGCAUGGGCAGCAGUUGGCACAGACACUGGGGGAUCCAUCCUCUUACCAGCGCAUGCGAACAACGUCGUUGGAUUUCGCCCUACAGUGGGAUUGACUUCGAGGUAUUUGGUGAUUCCGUAUUCAACAAGGCAGGACACUGUCGGCACUUUGACUCGGACCGUCAAGGAUGCAGCAUAUCUCAUGCAAGCCAUGGCAGGGCGUGAUUCGCGAGACAACUACACAAGCGCCAUUCCUUUUGACGAGAUACCAGACUAUGUUGCAGCAUGCACGAAUUCUGGCCUCAAAGGCAAGCGGAUUGGCGUGUCUCGCAACACAAUGGCGACAGAUAUCGAUCCAUCAGCAAACACUGACCCGGAAGCAUUUGAGAGAGCGUUGGACGUGAUUCGCUCAGCUGGCGCAGAGAUUGUUGACAAUGUCGACUUGCCUUGCAAUGAUUUCUUUACUGGCCACAGCAAAAAGCGCAGGCAAAUACCCUCGGCCAACUACUCCAUGGCUGAUUACCUCGACCUCCUCAAAGAAAACCCGAACAACAUCACCUCAGUCAGAGAUCUGCGGGACUUCACCCGAGACGAUCCUCAGGAGGGAUUCCCGCGAUUCGAUACCACAGCCUGGGACACAUAUCUUAAGUUGGGCAUCAACGACACGGAUCCCACUUACUGGUCCAACGUUACUACUGUGACAGAGAUCCUCGGACCGCUGUGCUUCACAGGAGCGCUGGACAAAUACAAGUUGGACGCAAUGGUUCAUCCGACGCCGUAUUCAGUCUUGAUGGCAGCUGGCCUGGGGUUCCCCGUCGUCAGUGUGCCCCUGGGCCGCAGUCCCGAUGAUUCCCCCAUCGUUCCGUCAGAUAGAGGGAACUUGAUACUGUCGGCCCCCAACGGUCCGUUCGGCAUCGCCUUUUCUGGCCCUGCUUUUAGCGAGGAGACGCUGUUUGCGAUGGCGUACGACUUUGAGCAGAGAACGAAUGUGCGCAAGGCCAUCAAGCCGUUUAUCUCGCCCAAGACGGAACUGUCGCAUGUUGUGCGAAAACGGUGUUUGCGGAACCCAAAAGGCGACUGCGGGAAGGAGUUUAGGUGA